AUGAGUCUCCCAAACUAUCCUCAAGAUCAUCCAGAUCGUACAUUAAAGGUAUUCUCAUUCAACGUAUGGGGCUUAGCUAUCAUAUCAAAAGAUCGCGCGGAACGUAUAAAAGCUAUAGCUGAAUAUCUGUCUACAUCAAAUUAUGAUAUAGUCUGUUUACAAGAAUUAUGGAUUUAUAAGGAUUAUGAGAUUGUUAGGGAACAACUAUUAUCUAAUCUACCUUUUUCAAGGUUUUUCCAUACCGGAGCAUUAGGAUCUGGUUUAGCUAUAUUUACUAGAUUCCCACUUAUUUCAGCUCAAGCUUUACCUUAUUCAUUAUCUGGUUCACCUGCGCAAGCUAUUGCAGGUGAUUUUUUCGUUAAAAAGGCAGCCGCAAAUGUAGUGGUCAUUCAUCCUAUACUGGGUGAAAUAGAAAUAUGGAAUACUCAUAUGCAUGCCGCAGGUGAACAUGCACCAGAUACGAGACAAGCUCACAGAAUAUCUCAAUCGUGGCAACUAGCUAAUAACAUCAAGAGUGGUGCUGCAAAAGGUAGAUAUAUCCUCGCUAUGGGAGAUUUCAACUCACAGCCAUGGUCAAUACCGAUAGCGAUGAUGCGUAAUCAUGCAAACAUGAACGAUUCAUUCGCAUCAUUCAACAAAAAUGCAAAUUCGGAAUUAUCACCACAUCCAUCACCCUUUGAAGCCAUAAAAUCAUAUGGAAUGACAUGCGACUCAACUCUAAAUACAUAUUCAGCAUCCAAAUCAAUACCUCAAAACGUAUUAGAGAAAGGUGGGAAAAGAUUAGAUUAUAUAUUCUUCAGACAACCUUCCAUAGCAAGAAGAAGACCUCUGGUAUGGGGCUAUAGAGAUGAAGUCCCACAAAGUCAUACUCGGAACAAUUACAACAAUCAUAAUGAUAAUUAUCAUGGUGACGGAGAUUUCAAGGGUAAAGGUCAUAUGGAAAUUGGAAAACCAUUACAUUCAUCCAUUUCAAAAGCACCUAAAUUAAGAUGUAUCGAUUCUCAAGUUGUUUUAACGGAAAAGGUACCUGGUAAACCAUUCUCUUAUUCAGAUCAUUUCGCUAUUUUCUCAACUUUCACGAUUGACGAUCCUGAACCUUCACCCAAUCAACAAAGCCAUCAAGCAUCUUCAUCUUCGUCAUCAUCGGAAAACAAGAACUCUAUACCGUCCAAUACAUUCACACCUUUAGUACCAUUAAUAUCUCAUUCUGAACAGAUAAAUCCUAAUACGACAAGUUUCGUACCGCCUGAUUCACCAACAUUGAAUAGUCCAAGAAUCUCAACGUCGUCUUCGACGGCUACGACCACUGCUAAAUCGUCGACUGUAAGAUCAGCUUUGCAUACUCUACAAUUAUACACCGUUAUAUCGAAGAAUACGGCAAAAUAUCAUUUAAAGAUCUGUUUGUCUUCUUUCAUAGCUCUCAUCGCUCUGACAGUGGGCUCAGCAUGGCAGCCUAAAUCAUGGAUCCAACCUAUCUUCACCCUAGUAGGAGGGUUACUAGGUGCUGCAACGGCAACUUUUCUCUAUACAGGUUUCGUUUGGGGUAGAUGGGAAGAAGGUCUGUUGUUGGAAGUCACUGAAGAGAUGGAGUUGGAAUUGAGAGUCGCUGAAAUGGAAGAGAGAAUCAAUGCAUAG